AUGAAAGUCAAGCAGAAGUCAUGCGAUGGGAAGCACCCGGAAUGCAGCCAAUGCACACUUACUGGGCGCAAGUGUCCAGGUUACCCGCAGGAGUGGACGUUCGUCCAGCAGAGCAUACCUUCAACUGAGGCAUUGCACCAAAAUCAGUUCUCGCAGAAUGGAGCUACUGGCGCGUCACAUUCGUGCCAAGAAUCAGUCAAGAGUACCCCUCCGCGGCAGAUUUCGCAUGACGCCACUGCUCAGCAUAGUUUCGCUGCUGUAAAGAUUCCGGAUAUCAUUUCAGCUUCACCGGAAGAGCUGGCCUUUAUUGUGGUCGAAAACUACAUUCCAAAAGAUGACCUUCCUUUUCUGUCUCAUGGUUCGAAUAACAAUGGCUCCUCACGAAUCUGCGGCUCCUGGGUGGAGGUUCUCCCGCGUCUUGCCAAUACCUCGAGCAAGGAAGGCGUUUUCUUUCUCUCGUUGAAAGCGCUGGCUUUUGCGAUUGCUUCCAAUAAAUAUCCUCAAAAAGUCUCGAGUCUGAACGCUACAACGGUUUAUUCUGCAGCAAUUUGUGCAUUGAGAAGGCAGUUGGCGGCCGUAAGCCAGCCAUUCAAUGCAGAACUAGCCGCCUCUAUCAUGUGUCUGAGCUUAGCUGAGGGCAUGUUUCCAGGAAUGGGACCGGGAAUUUCAACCCACAUCAAGGGUGUGGGUCAAUUGAUGAAAGCCCAUGGACCUAAUCAUUACCAGGCCGGGUUGCUGCACAAGCUCUUCGUAGGGUUCCGACCUCUCCUGGUCCUCGACGCAUUUCGCUUUCGCGAGCCAACCUUUCUUGCUGAGAAGCAAUGGGCAUCUAUACCCUUUGCAUUUUCUAACACAUCACUCAUGCAGGACUUCUUGAGUGAAGUCGCAAUUAUGCCGAAUUACUUGAACGCUGUUGACCAACUCAUGGCCAACCCAGACGACGGCUCAGCUGACAAUGUCACCGAAGUUUGUUUCGCUUUUGUGGAGUGUAUCGAUCGACUUGAGCAAUGGGAGCAAAUGUUGCAGCGCGAAGAAGGGGCCCCAUACGAGAUAUCGGCCGGAGUACACGCAGCACAGGCGAUUAACCCUGGCAUUACAGGCCACACUCUCUGGUAUCCGAGCGUUACCACAGCGAAUGUGUGCACCCACCUCUGGGCUAUUCGCAUCGUUUGUCUCAAGGAGAUUGACAAACUCAGGGCGACUUUUAGCAGUAUUGUGGAAGCCUGUAUACCUGCAAAGUUCUGCAGUGUGGAAUACCAGCAGAACCAGGUUCUUACUCUCUCGAAGCUGAUCUGCCACAGUAUGGAGUACCUGCUACAGGAUGACUUGAAAUUCUUCGGACCGGCUUCCACUCUUUUUCCUCUCAAGGUGGCUUAUGAUUCAUUCAGAGAGCGUGGGAGGGGUCAGGAGGGAUAUAUCAAGUUCUGUAAGUCUGUUGUCAGUCGACUUGACGCGAAGGGGCUGCGCUCGAUACCUGCUUUAAUCUACGCGCAAUGA